AUGUCUGAGCUCAACAGCUCCAGUCUGACACCCAAGUUCUUGCUCUUGAAUGGGAUUCCUGGGCUGGAGGCUGCACACAUCUGGAUCUCCCUGCCAUUCUGCUUCAUGUACGUCACAGCUGUCGUGGGCAACUGCGGCCUCAUCUACCUCAUCAGCCAUGAGGAGGCCCUGCACAGGCCCAUGUACUACUUCCUGGCCCUACUGUCCUUCACAGACGUCACCCUCUGUACCACCACCGUGCCCAACAUGCUGUGCAUCUUCUGGUUCAACCUCAAGGAGAUUGACUUCAAUGCCUGCCUGGCCCAGAUGUUUUUUGUCCACAUGCUGACAGGGAUGGAGUCAGGUGUGCUCAUGCUGAUGGCGCUGGACCGCUAUGUGGCCAUCUGCUACCCUCUGCGCUACUCCACCAUCCUCACCAACCCUGUCAUUGCCAAGGCCGGCUUAGCCACCUUGCUGAGGAGUGUGGCGCUCAUCAUGCCCUUCACCUUCCUCACCAAGCGCCUGCCCUACUGCCGGGGCAACUUCAUUCCCCACACCUACUGUGACCACAUGUCAGUGGCCAAGAUGUCCUGUGGUAAUUUCAAGGUCAACGCUAUCUAUGGUCUCUUGACAGCCCUCCUGAUUGGGGGCUUUGAUAUGUUCUGUAUUUCUGUGUCUUACACCAUGAUCUUGCGGGCAGUGGUGAGUCUGUCAUCAGCAGAUGCUCGUCACAAAGCCUUUAGUACCUGUACAGCCCACAUCUGUGCCAUUGUCAUCACCUAUGUCCCAGCCUUAUUCACCAUUUUCACUCAUCGUUUUGGGGGACGAAACAUCCCCCAUCAUGUCCACAUCAUAAUUGCCAAUCUCUAUUUGAUGUUUCCUCCUACCUUGAACCCUAUUGUUUAUGGAGUCAAGACCAAGCAGAUCCGGGAAGGAGUAAUCAAGUUAUUUUUUAAGGAGAAAGAUGGCUUCCCUAUGAAAUAG